AUGGAGCAUACUUUUGAUACAUUAUGCGAUGCAAUUUCGUUUGCCUUUCGCCAAGAGCAAACUUCAUUGCUAAGUCUAGACAAGAUAUGUGAAGUACUAUCAAAACCAGAUUUAUUUGUCAAUUCAAAAACCCAAGGAAUUAUACCAACCUCAACAAUUGCUCGGAGACGUAUUUCUAGUACCUUAUCAAGUUCAGAUUUAUUUGUACGUGCAGGUCCACCCAGAACUUGCCUCUGGGCUAUUCGUCCUAACAAUCCAACCUUCAUUAGUGACGGUGCGAUAGCAGCAUCAAUAGAGCAGAUGCUUACAACGAAUGGUCCCAUGACAACCGAACAGUUUGUCGAAACGACCGAUUUAACCGGAGCACAUAAACCUUUAUUUGAUCGAUUUUUAGCAGAACAUCAAGACGAAUUUGCUCAACAUGAAAACGGAACAUGGUGGUUUAUUAAUCAGCCACUGCCAUUACGAAAAGAAUUCGACAAUUUAUGUCAUGCAAUUUUAUCUGCUUUUGAACCAUUUCAAGAGGGAGCAACAGUAGAAGAAAUACAUCGAUACUUAUGUCUUUCCAGCGUCGGAGGAAAGCUAAUUACACGACGUUCAAUUUCGAGAGAAUUAUCACGACGAACAGACGUAUUUUUACAUUUAUCUAGAGCAAAAUACGGCAUAUUGCCAUCACGGCGUACAUUUCCGAGCCACAAUCCUCAAACUUUCCCACAAUUUAAUUCAUAUGUACCUCCACCGCCUCCGCCACCUCCGCAGAGGAACUUCAUUCCAAUGCCCCAAAUAUUAGGAAUAAAUGGAGGCCAGCAGGACAUAUUCCCGAUCGAAAUUCCGAAAAUUGAUGACGAUAAUGAUGAUCAAAACGGCGGAGAUCCAGAACAAAAGUCAAUGUUUGAUGACCCGAUUCGGUUCCAUCAUGAAGAUGAGUUUGAUCCAGAUUCAUUUUUCGGAGCUGAAUUUAAUUUCGAAAUUUGA